AUCACACCGAGACGGCGUUUGUGGAUGGUUCAUGUUCUCACUGCGAGAACAUGACCAUGACCACGUUGCGGUCGCGGCUUGCUUUCAACAGAAAGCAAGCCACCCCAGCUGCACCCCGCAUUGCUCCUCCUUCCCACGGGAUUGAGGACGAUGCGGUUGGCGCUGGGGGGCGAUUUGGGGGCGGCAGCGGGUGCGGUUUCGCCGGGUAGCCCCCCGCGAACCUCCCGUUCCCCGACACGCUCGCUGGUCCCCGUCCACGCUCGCGGCGAUAGCGGCUCGCCUCACGGCCUGGCUGUCUAUCCUCCCGAGCCCGAAGCAGAUGAGCUCGCCGCUGCAUCGGAGAGUGUGAUGUCUGAUGCCGAGGACUCCCCUGGACUGCCGCCUUCGGGCCAGCAGGCCCAGGCGGAGGCCGACGCUCAAACUUCUGACAUGCUUUCCCGGGUGAUUGGUUCCUGGGGGCGGCGCGCCGUCCGCGGCCUCGCAUCCCCCCGGUUCCUUUCUUCCCGGAGGUGCAUGAUGAGCUGACGUCUACGUGGAGAGCCCCGCUCUCCGCUCGUCUAGGUGCCACCCGCUCCACUCUCACCACCCUUGACGGCGGAGAGCGCCACGGAUACGAGACGAUUCCCCAGGUCGAUAGGGCAGUUGCGUACCAUCUAUAGGCCGGUAGCCCUACCGCCUGGCGGGGCCGCCCCGUACUCCCAUCUAAGCCCUGUAGGACAACAUCCUCGCUCAACGCGAAGGCCUACAGUGCGGCUGGACGCGCUGCCUCCGCCCUGCAUGCGAUGGCCCUCCUGCAAGUCCACCAGGCCAAAGCACUCAACAUGCACGGGGGUGGACCUGAUCCUGAUGUGCUGCAGGAACUGCGCUCAGCGACCGACCUCGCCCUGAGAGCGACGAAGGCCACAGCGCAGGCACUCGGACAGGCGAUUGCCACCCUAGUGGUCCAGGAACGCCAUCUUUGGCUCAAUCUGGUCGAGAUGCAUGAGGCCGGUAAGAACCGCUUCCUGGACGCACCUGCCUCCCAGAUUGGCCUUUUCGGCGACGCCGUCGAGGACUUCGCCCAACAGUUCUCCGUGGUGGAGAAGCAGACGGAGGCCAUCUCUCACAUGAUGCCCCGCCGCAGACCUGCCGCUACGGGCCCUGCCCCGUCUGCCCGCCGAGGGCGUCCCCCUGCGAAGAAACCAGCUCCUGCUCUGCCUCAACCCGGGCCCAGCUCUCAGCCCCAGCGUCGAGCACCCCGCAGGCGGCGCACGCCCCCUGUCUCACGAACCCCUCCAGGACCCGGAAGGCUCCCAAGCGUUCCUGAGACAGCCGACCCAGAGCCGAAGAUAUUAGCUUCGGAAGUGGUAAGACCGCUCCGUCCCCCGGUGGAGGGCCGGGAAGAGAAUCCUUUGUUUUUUCAUGUUUCCACACCCCCUGACGGGGGCUGUGAUGCCCACAUUCUCAUUAACAGAGCUAUUUCCUUUGCCUCUGGGUCACCUGGCCCGCAAAUGCCGUUCUCACGGCAAUCUGCUUUCAGAUCACAACAGUCCCGGUACACCGGACGCGGCGAUCCCGCCUUCCGCCUGCCCACGACUGUCCCCCGGCCGGCCGGUUCAGACGAGUCCAGAGGACGCCAACAUCAGACCUCCUCCUCAGUCACGAACCCGCCCCCUGCCGGGUGCGCGGAGCAAGACCUCCAGGUGGAGACACAGCAGAGAGUGAAUGAGGGAGAUUCAGUCACUCUGACAUGUAAAAGCACCUGCAGUCUGACUGAAGAAACAACAUUCAUCUGGUCCAGAAACACACAGACAGUCACUAAAGGAAGAGUUACAGUGAAUCAGCUCCAGCUGCAGUCAGUCAGACGUGAUGAUACAGGAGAUUAUAGAUGUGCUGUGAGAGGAAAAGAACAUCUGUCCUCUCCUGAAGUUUAUCUUGAUGUAACAUGUGAGAACACACUGAUCCAUAUUGAUGAAUGCAUCAAGAAUCUGAAUUUAGAGACACUUUUAUUUAUCUUGAGUUUGCAGAGUUACAGCAUCUCCAACUUUAAUUCCAGUCACAGUGGACCGGUUUUACUGUGA